AAUGAAUCCAGCCAGCAGUGGAGGCAACAUGGAGAAUCGCUUUACAUUAAUAACUAAUUUUUGAAUUGAGACCAUGCCCUCGUGCAUAAUAAAGGGUUGUACGCACACCUGGAGGGACAAAGGGAAAAAUAUGAUAAUGCAUGUUUUUCCGAAAGAUCGGGGAAUUGUCCGUAAAUGGAUUGAGCAGGCCCCCGAUCGUUUUCCCAACGUAGAAGAAUGGGUUGAAAAAAUCAUGGAUUCCAAAAAAACACAUGACAAUUACCGAUUGUGCUCUAAGCACUUUGACUUUUUUGCUUAUGAAGAAGGUGGCUUACGUAAAAAAUUACGGCCAGACGCUGUGCCCACCAUUUUUCCAAAAAAACUUGACAGUACACAGGAUUCGUCAGAUGCAACUGCAGGGACAGCGAAAGAAAGCCAAUCAACCUCGGAAUCAUUCAUGAGUUCGGACUUGCGAUCUGCUAGUGGAGAAACUCAAGCUGCAGCUGUAACAGUGCCCACGUUAUCGACUACGCCAUCUGUGAGAAGGAGACCUAAGAAAAAGGUUGCAAAUGUGCCUACUACCCAAGUUAGGUCAGAUGCUGUUAUUUCAACUGGUAACGUAAUUCUGAUGGGGGAAAUGAAUUUGCUUGGAAACACGAUACAACUGGACCUACCAUUGACUGCUACCGUAACAGAUAUGGAUGUUCAGAUUGCUAGUCUGAGUCAGCCAUCAAAGGAGGACAAAUCGAACAAUACAGACUUGUAUUGGUCGAAAGAUCACAAUACAUUUGUUUUAGAUACCAGCUUUGUUAAAAGAGUCAAUAUUGGUAUUCAGACCACAAAAAUUAAGCAUCGACAACGUGGCACACAGUGCCGUUUAUUGGCGGACCCGGUCAAAAUUGGAAAGGCACCUGUUUCUAGAGAGAGGCCUGCCCUGUGGCACACAAGAGCAGAAGUCUACCAUGACCGGAUAAGGAAGGGCCGAGCAUGGAAAGAAAUCAGCAAAGAGUUGCUACCAACGGCAUGGAACUCUGCAUCAGUGUCCAAAAAAGAAAAAAUAAUCCAGCAAAUAAAAAAAAGAUGGAAUACUUGCCGGAACCAAUUCCGGAGGGAAUUAAAUACGAAAUGCAAGAGUGGUGUUUGGGGCAAGAAGAAGCCAUAUAUGUAUACCCGACACCUUCAAUUUCUUAAACCAAUAAUGGAUUUAAGAAGAACUGUGGACAACCUAUCGGACAAUUCAAAUUCACAAGCACCGUCCUGCGAAUUGGAUGACAGACCAGGACUGUCCUCAGAUACCCAAGUGAAAAUUGAACAGCCUGAGGUCAUGGGGGAAUCUUCUGUGUCUUCAGUUUCUCUCCUUCACCAGCCUCUGCAGGAAAGAUCAGAAAUUCGAGAAGAGGUCCAGGAUAACAAUCCAGAAGUGGUCCAGGCCAAUCCUGAACCCAGCCAGCAACAAAGAGCAGCACCUGUUAGCCAUUCUUCUGGCAGACGAGGCCGAAGGGUCAUGGAGUAUCUAAACCGGAAUCGGUCUGAUGCCAAGGAAGAAACAGCUUUAAAAGGGCUCGCUCCUUCCUUGUGCCGUGUGCCAGAAGAACGGCAAACACGGUGCCUUUCUGCGUUGGCCAUGGUAAUUGAUGAAUUUACGGGGCCUGCAGAGCCACAUGAAGUGCUUCACUUCUUAGAAAAAAGCAGAGACAAAAGAUUAAACGUAAUAACUCCUUAUUCCCGUCUUAACAGACCAGACACCCCAAUUUUGCACACCCCUGGCCCAUAUUCUAGGGAAUUAUUUGAAUUAUAAUUUUUUUUUU